AUGAUUGACUCAUUGUUCGAUAUAACACUCCAUCUUGACAACAAGUACUCUUUAUAUCAUUCACAACACAUCACUACGAUCAUACUACAAGGUAAAGAUGAUCCCACCGGUGAUCCAGUACCCUGGUCCACCAUCGAACGAUCAUUCCCAACACAAUCACUGGAACACAAGAAGAACGAUAUCAAUGCACUGUUUCAAUCACUCACUGCUCGACCAAACAGCACUGUCACUGUUGCAAUCAGACAUGUGUUUGCAGGACAGGUGGCUCAACUAAUUGAGAACUAUUCACUUGAUCCACAAUCAAUCGACUCACUGGUGGUCAAUAAUCUGUUCCCUCAAACAUUCCAGAGUAUGGUUGAUCGACUUCCAAUCAACAAUCAACUCAAGACGCUUGACCUCAGAGUCUUGACAGUGUUGUGCUGCUCUAAAAGGGAAGACCUCAUCAAGAUCGAAUAUCAGUUAUAUUGCAAUGAGUUGAUUGAACGAUGCACCAACAUGACAUCACUCAGCAUCUAUGAUGAAUGCGGCAGCGGUCACACUGGAUACUCAGAGUACGUCGUUGGCAAAGCAGACCAAUUCUUUGGGAUGCUUGAUCAGUUGCCACACCUCGUGUCACUCUCAUUUGGAUUCGAUACGUCUUGUGGACAUGAUCACGUAGACCCACUCGAGGAUGAGGACCGUCAAUCAUUUCUUGCCGAACUCAUCUCAUUCAUGCAACGAAGACCAUCAUUCCACACACUAUCAUUGCGCAAUUACCUGGAGGACACUGAGUCGUAUGACAAUGACGAUGAUAACGAUGACGAGCCUAAGUCAGAGCAUCUGCCCAUCUUGGAUUACCUGUUCACCGAUGUCACUUGUCCUGUGCAGCACCUGACACUUGAGCUCUGGGGCGCCAAGUUGCCAGUUCUACAGAGACGAAUCAACACACUGGUGUUGAAAGAAUGGUCCCGUCCUGGAUAUAGCCAGAUAUCAUGGCAUCAAGAUAUGGCCAUGAUUGCCCAUUUAAAAACAAUGGUUGACGACAAACUUGACCUCUCUGGCUACUCGAUGAGACGACCAAAAGAGUGUGAAUUGGACAAAGAGUUUCGCCUAGAGUCAUUAUAUGGUCCACGUCAAUACAUUCCACCAUUGUUAAAUUGA